AGACUCUGAAUUAUCUUCCCCUUGAGCUUCUAGCCAUCUAGCCUCUACCUUACUGACCGUAGCCAUGUCUGCUCUCUCUCUCUUGCACAAACCCUUUCUUAUCUCUCUAAAAGGCCCGUCUCUUCUCUCUCUAACAACCCAAAUCAAAACACACAGAACCCAAUUCAGUAAACCUAAAAGACCUACUAAAAUCAUCACGGCCAAAUCCAACGGCGGUGACUCAGCAGAUACCGGAGACCGAAUAAUCUCUGCAGUCUGCUACUUUUACCCAUUUUUUGAUGGAGUCCAGUAUGGAAAAUACGUGAUAACCCAGUUCUCUCCCAUUCACGCUCUUAUCCAGCCUUUGUUCCCGGCUAUAAGAGUCUUCAAGAGCUUUCCCCUUAAUGGGUUUUUGGCUAUUGUGCUCGAUGUGCUUCUUAUUUUUCCAGAUUUGCUGGAGAGGAGUUUUAAUCCUAGAGAUGGAUUGGGAUUGGAUUUGUUGAUGAGUUUGGACAGUACUGUAUUUCUUUACCUUUUGGUUUGUCUGAUUUAUGGGUCUAGUUCUUGUUUGCUGGGUCAGGUUCCUAGGUUGCCCAUUGUUGCAGAAGCUGCUGAUAGGCAGGUUCUUUAAAUUAAACACCCAAUUUGGGUUUUUGUUUAUUGCUGCUGUACUGCAUUUGUAAUUUAUUCUGCCAAAAGAAGAAAAUAAAUUUAUUAUGUUUGAGGAUA